AUGAAAGAUAGAAUAGUUGGAGAUUUUCCAUUAAAAUUUACAGUAACUAAUCCCAAAGAUGAGAUAAUACAAAUCAAUCAAGAAUGUAAUUUUAUUAUUGGUCGAAAUGGACAUAUAACACCAUAUAAAUUACAUUUUGGAUUAUACUCAUUGAAAGAACUUGAAAAAAUGUUUAAUAAUUAUCCUGAAUAUGGUUUAUAUAAUACAAUUACAACAGUAAUACUUAAAAAAAAAAGGAUUUUUAAAAAUAUUAUCCUCCUUUAAUAUAGGUCUCGUAUCAGGUUUGAAAACUUAAUGUUAAAUAUUGUAUUUAAGUCACCAAGAUUUUGUUUUAUGUUUUUAACUUUCAUUUUAGCGCAUAAGUUGAAAAUUUAGGUUAAAUAAUACAAAUAAUAUAAAAAUCACUUUUAAGACCAAUAAUAAUUUAAUCAAAUUUAUAAACAAUAGAGCUAAAAAUUUCAUAAAAAAUCCCCUUUCUGUUGGUAUGUGUAUAAACUUAAAUGUAACUGUAUUAAAUUGUUUAUGGGUAAGACAAAUAAAAAUUUUAAAAUAAGAUAUAAAGAAUACAUUUCUGAAAUAGAAUUUAAAAAGUUUAAAUAUAUAUAUAUAUAUAUAUGCAUACAUAUGAAUAUUAUACAAAUAAAGGAUACAAAUAAAUUUAGUUUAGGGCCCAAACUCGUUUUUCAAAAUGUGUGUUUUCGCCUGUACAAUAUGAAUCUAAAAAAAAAAAAAUCGGAUAAGCUUUGUUUGGAAGUUAUGGGGGAAAACUUCAUGAAGUUCGGGUUUUCCGUUUCGCAUAUUUCUUAAUGAAAAUUAAACAUUUUUAAUUUUUUUUUCUCCAAAAUACGUGUUUUUUUAAUGUUUAAUUCAUUGGUAUAAUCAAAACUUACCUAUCGUGCUUUUGAAGCUAUUGUACAUAGAGCAUUUUGGGUGCACUUAGAGAUCUGGCGGGGUCACUCGCUCGCUCGGACUGUUUCAAUCGAAAAUGACUCAAUUUGUUGUGUAAAACCACGUCGGGUAGGUAAUAGGAAAUAGUAAGUUAGAUAGAAUUAUUCAGACUUCAAUAAAAAAAACUUUUUAAUCAAAAUAUCAAUAAAUACAAAUCAUAAUAAAAAUUUAAAUAAUGUCUAUUUUCAAUCACAAUUUGGAUUAAUUCCAAAAAUGCUAUUUUUCUACAAUAACUUCAAAAGUAAGUAUAAUAGGUAAAUUUUGAUUAUAUCAAUGGAUUAGGCAAUAAAAACACACAUAUUUUGAAAAAAAAUUUGAAAAAUGAGUUUGGGUCCUAAACUAGAUUUAUACCCAAAUAAAUAUAAUCUUAUAAGUAUUCACAAGAUCACAAUGAAAUUUUAUUUUCUUAAUUUAGACAACGAUUUGAUGCAAUUAAUAAGCCCAAUGUUUUAUAAUUAAAGGUAUCUUUAAAACAAAUUCUCAUGAAAAAUGCAAUUAAAUAUAAAUGAGACGGUAAUAAAAAAAAAAAAAACGUUGAACACACAAUUUUACUAAGGUACCUGUUGUACCUAAUAAAAAUAAUCUUGUCUAAAUGUUUACCUAAGAUAUUUUUGUACUAUUACAAACACAGAUAUAUAUAUAUAUAAUAGACUAGAUUGCAACAAUUAGCAAUCUGGUUUAUUAUCUAUAUUUGUGAUUAUAAAUGAAAUCUAGUAUAAUCAAAGACAAACAUUUUAUAAUUAUAUAUGUCAAUUAUAAUUAUUUAAAACUCUAAAAAUAUCCAUGUCAAAUUAUAAUAAUAUCAGACCAUUGUUAAAAAACGUAAAUAAAACCAAUAUAUACCACUAUAUAAGAACCUCAGAACAUUAGUAUUUAAGAGACAUACAAUAAGGAAAAAUUAAAAAGUAUCAUUAAUUAAUUAUACUGGAUAUAUAUGAAUUUGACAUAACUAAAAUUAGUUUUGAGAAAAGUUUUCCAACAUGGAAAGUAAUAUGGGUAUUAUUUAAGGAAAACUGUAAAAGCAAAUUCACCUUAAUUUAAGCGAAAUUAUUAAUGUAAAAAAUGCAAUGGUGUCAAUACUAAUGGAACUAAUUUAGUUAAUUAUUUAAAAAAGUAAUAACAAUUAAUAAUAGUAGGUAACAGUGUAUAAUAAACAAUUAUUCAAUGCAAAAUGAAGGUAAUAAUAAAAAUAUUAUAUAGAUAACCCCAUAGGGGUAUCUAUAGUAAAUGUAAGAUAAUAGUAAAUAAUAUUAAAUUAUUAGUACAUACAGAACAUAAAUAAUGAACUAAUAUGAAUACGAUUAAUUAUUAAUAAAUUAAUGUGUUUUAUUUGAAAAGGCAGCAAAGUAAUCGGGGUAAGAUUUCUAGUAGAAAAGUUAUCCGCAGAAAAAAAAUUAAACAUCUUAGUUAGACUAUAAACUUCUUUGGUCCACUCAGAAUCUAAAAAAACUACUAAUUAUUGUGUGGUAAAUGUUGUGUACCAAAUUGCCAUUCAUAGGUAAAAUUAAAGCGGCCCUCACACGAUCAAUAUUUUUGACAGUAUUUCAGAUACUGACAAUAUUAUUGAUCGUGUGAGGUGGGUACUGAUUUACUGUCAGUAUAGAAAAACGAUACUGAUGAUUGAUGGAAAAAUCGGAUAUCGAUUCAUUAGUAAUUAUAUACUGAUAAUAAUAUUGAUGGUGUGAGGUGGGUACUGACAGUUCUUCAGUAUUAUUAGCAUAGCGAUAGAAGAUGCACGUGAUGAAUGUCCAAGCGCGCGCGAAGGUCGUGAACGACAAUUACGUGCUUUUAUUUCAAAAUAUAAAAAUUGUAAAUGUUUAUGGGAUGUUCGUUGCAAAGAAUAUUGUAAUAGAGACAUAAAAAAAGCUGCUUAUAAUGAAUUAUUAGUUGUCUAUAAGUUAAUUAAGCCUGAAGCUACUAUAGACGAAGUAAAAAAAAAAAUUAAUACUUUUACGAAGUAAUUUUCGUAAAAAGUUAAAUAGGAUCGUGUCAGAUGUUUACACUUGUCGAGUGCCAAACUGAUUACUGUCAAUAAUCUAUACUUACCAUGUAAGGAGUACACUGUCAGUAAUGUAAAUACUAUCAAUAAUAUUGAUCAUGUGAGGGCCGCUUAAGAUUUGGCGACUGGGCUAAAAAUGGUUUUUAUCAUUUCUGGACACCUGCUUAUCAUCGUUUUUUUUUAUCUAUGCUAUUCAAUAGUAUAAUAUCAAUGGAGUGUCCACACUGAUUUCCAUCUGAUUGAUCAGUUCAAGGCUGUUGGGAAAAUGAAAACAAUCUGGAGGAAAGUAACUUGUUGGUGGUUUUAAACAAUUCAUAAUUUUCGGUCAUAAUUUUAAAUUAAUAAUUAUAAAUAUUUGGUUAUUUGAUAAAUUAAAAUAGUUUUAUUUUACUGUUUUACGUAUAGUAAUUUGCAGAUAUUAAGUUUUCAUGGAUACAUUUGUUUACCCCGACAGAUAAUUAACUACAACUUGUACUCAACCAGGUGAUAUUCGGUUCCAGAUUAAUAAUAUUAUAAAGUAAAUAGAUUGUAAAUUGUGAUCAAAGCAAACAUUUUAAAAUUAGUACAUCUGCAUACAAAUAUUUAUAAUAUAGCCACAGUUUUUGUGUUAAAUUUGACUGUUUUAUAUUUUAUUUAUGUAUACAAUUACAAUUUUAAUUCUGCCCAUCAAAAUUAAUAUUGACAAAUGAGUUAUGAAUUUGGAAAUCUUAAGAUUUACAUAUUAGGUAUUGGAUAUUUAUCUUAUUUUGUCUAACUUGAGAUUAAUUACCUAUAAAAUUACAAUAUAGGCAUUUUUUAUAUUUUCGCUACUCACAAAAUGGUUUUUGAAAAUGUGUACAUCAUAAUAAAAUUAAUUAGUUUCUCAUUCAUAUUUAUGAAUUAUUAGCACAAAUUGAAACAGUUUUCUAUGCGAUAUUUGUAUUGAUAUUACCAUUAGUAGGUAUAUCUACUUGAUACAAGGGAAAAGUUUAAAUUAAUAUUUAAUAAAAAUGAAAAUCUGUUUCAAUUUUGCAUUAUACCCACCUAAUAAUUCAUGUUUAUUUUGUUUUUAUUAAUAUGUCAAAAUUGAAUAUCCAUCAUUUAAAAAUGUUAUAUUGUAUUAAAAUAUUUUCCCAUAUUUGACAAUUUUAUUUUUCAAAUGAAACCUGCCCUUAUAAAAUAUUAAAUUUAAUCUAAUAUUUUUCACUUAUUUUAACAUGUGUAGUACAUAUUUAUGAUAUUUAUUUUUAUCUAUAAUUCAAUAUAUAUAUUAUAAACAGUGCUUCAAUUGGAAAAAUAAAAGAAGGGGUACUAUUAAGCUUAAGUAGCGUCCCUUGUAAUGAUUGAAUUCAACUUAAUUAAGACCAUUGAAAAAAAUUAGAAUUGGCUAAAAUAUUUUAAGAAAAGAAAUGGUAUCCCAUCCCCCCAUGACCCACUCCCAAUUAAAGCAUUAAUUAUGUGUAUAAAAUAUAAUGAUACUACUAAGAUUAAAUUGUAUUAGCAAACCAGGCAAUAGAAUAUAAAAAAUUUUAAAUUCACAGAGACGUUGUUUGUCAUUCUAUAUACAAUCAAUUUCUGUACAUUUAAUUAUUUUUGUUUCCACAUUGGUUUGGGAUUUUAUUUGUAAAUACAAUUUUAGUUUUGAAAUCAAUAAACUGGUCAAAUAAUCUUAAAAAAAUAUUUAAAAUCAUUUUAUAGGUAUAUUUUUUAUAGUGGCCAAUAAUUAAACAUUACAAUUUGAAUAUUUAUUUACAUUAGAUAAGUAUGAAUACUUUAAUAAUUGUAUUAAAAUAUAAAUAAUAAUAAGUUUACUAAUUCAUAGAUGUUGCUAAAUCAUUAUACACAAUUUAGAGUGUAGUACUCUAAAUAUGGUUAAUGUUAUGUGUUCAAUAUUAUUAGUUAAUAUUAUUGUAAAUCUAUUAUUACCCAUGAAUUCAAAAAGUAUUUUUUAACUAAUUAUGAAUUACUUUUGCUAUGUAUAAUAUAGAUUAUAGCCAUUAGUCAUAUAGUGUAAUAAUUUAUUAUAAUAAACUAGUUGUGUUAUAAUAGUACAAUUACUAUCUUUAGGUAUGUUAUUUAACUCACUAUUCCUUUCUACUACCAAAGAGAUAAGUAAAAGAGUAGUUUAAUGUUACAUUAUUUAAAUUUGAAAAAAAAAAAACAUUCACAUAGGUACAAUUAACAAAUUUAAUAAGUUUCAUAUUUAUCAGGAAAUAUUAAAUUUGGAAAGUCACCUGGAUAUAAAAAAAUAAGUUUUUAAGUUAUUAUUGUUAUUAAUAUACAGUGAUUUUUUUUUAUUAUGAACUAGCAAUUAUCUUAAGAGAUUUUAAGUGAAUUUGAUUUCUGUUUUUUCAAAUCAUUAUGGAAUUGUUUAAGCUUUAUUUUAAAACCAUUUUUAAUUUUUUACCCCUACUCCAUAUACCUUAAAAAGAUACAUACUAUUGAUUAUCAAAUAGGAACUCCUUUUUUGAACACAGAUUUGAAUACAGAAUAUUUUUCUAGAAAUGUUGAUGUGCAUAACACUAAUAUUAGAUUUACAGUUGAUGAGUUACAACAGUUUAAAGUUUAGACCAGUGGAAUGGGGAAGGGUUACUGAUAGGCAAUUUGCUGGUUCACGGUAAAAAAUUACUCUGUGUGUAUAUUUUUUAAAGAGGUCAAUUAUGUAUUUUAUUAAAAAUAUGCCCUCUUUAUCUUCUCAUGACACUUUUAUUUCAUAUUAAUAGUGAGAUUGUUGUUAAAUUAUUUUUAAAGAUAUUUAGAUAAGUUUUCUUUUAUAGAAACAAUCAUUUAUUUAUAAAUUAGUCAUGGUCUCAUAAACUUAAUAGACAACAAUGUCAGCUAUGCUCCAUAAUGACCUUCAUUUAGUUUUAAUCUUUUUGUUCUUAGAAUAAGUUCUACCAUUAUUUUCUGUCAAAAUAAUAAAAUAUUUAUAUUUCAUACCUUUUUCUGUUUGCUUAUCAUUAAAAAAUAAAUAAUACAAUCAUUACGCAUAGGUACCAACUUCAAUUUAAAAAACAUUUAAUAUAACUUUCUGAAAUAUAUUUGCAUGCAUUCCUAUUUUCUGUAAAUUAUAUAAAUUAUUAGUUAUUGUUUUGUUUUUAUUUUGAUAUAAUAGAUGCAUAUUUUUAGUAGCCUGAAGCAUUUUCUAAUAAUUAUAUAUUAUUUUGUAGGUAUAACAUGAAAUACCUAAGUAAUAACUAGGGCUUGGAUUUCAAUAUAUGUAUACUACCAAAAAUAAAUUAAAUAUAUUUAGUAAUAACAUUGAUUUUAUAAUAGAUUUAUAGUCUACUAUAAAAUCAAUGGUAAUUACUAUGAAUUUCAACAUGUGGCCCCAGAAAAUUUCAAAAAUGGUAAUAAUGCAUCUAAAACAUAAAAAUAAUGAUUUUAAAUUUAAAAAACGUAAAAUAAAUGUUUUUAUUCUCAUUCAAAAAUACAAGUAACAAAACAAACUACUUGUUUUUGAGCUUUUGAUAUUACUUUAGUUUAUAAUAUAAUAAAAGCACUUUACAAAUCUUGCCUUGCUAGCAUGUAAAAAUCUUGAAAUAAAAUGUUGUAUAUCUAAAUAAAACUAAAAAUGAAGAAAAUGGCUUGUUGAAAAUCAAAAAAAUGCAAUGUAAUAUUUCUUAUUCAAUAAUACAUGAAAUACUUUGUAACAAAACGAGCAUUACAAAACAAGUAUUUGAAAACAAUGCAUUGUAUUUAAAUCUGAACUCUAGUAAUAUGAUUAUGAUUUAUCUAUUUUUUAAAUUGUAUGGCUUUAAAAAAUUAUAUUAACAUUUAAAAAACAGGUCUCUACACUAUCUUAAAAAUUAGAAUAUAGAAAAUACAAAAUAAAAUAAAGAUAUAAAUUAUUAAUUUAUAUAAAUAAAUAAACUAUCUUGAUGAUAUUUAAUUACUAUAUUAUACAUUUUUCAAUGAUUUGGUUGUAAUAUAUAUUUAUAUUGGUUUUUUGACAGAAUUUGUAUUAAAUGUUUAAUUAAAAAAUAUAUAUAUAUAAAUAUUAUAUUAAUUAAAAUAGUCUAAAUAAGAAUGUAAGAAAAGAAAACUGGAAUUGCUGUGAAAUAUUUAAAAAUGAUUAAAUGUGUAAAAUUAAUAAAGCUCAUUUAAUUUAAAAUCACAUUAAACAAAUUUAUUACUUAUCAAAAUUAAUUUAUCAAAUUACAGUGAAAAUAUGUAUUAACAUUAAAAUUUGAGUAGUAAUUAAAAUGUAUAUGGUUACUUGAAUACACAAUGCUAUAUUAUGUUUAAUUUUAUCUUUAAUGUAUUAAUUUAAAUUGUUUAUAAAUUAAUUUUGUAAAUAUUAUUGUUUUGUGUAUCCCAGUUUUGAUAUAACUGAAUAUAUAUUAUAUAUGUACAAACCUCUUAUACAUUAUUAUUUUAAAGCAUUUUUAUUGAGUAAUCCUUACAAUUUGAAUAGCAUCACCAUCAGUAUAACAUAAAAAAAUUAAAACAUAUUUGUGGUUGCUAAUGUUAUGAAUAUUAUUGUCAAAAAACAAAUGACUGUCACCAUUUAAAAUAAACUAUCACAGAGUUAUUUUUAAGUAUAAAUUUGUAAAUUGCUAGUUAAAAAUUAAACUUAUGAACUUUAUGAUGAUAAUUGAAAUUUUAUUUUAUUAUUUAUCAAAAAUUUAAGAUACUCAUUUUGUUUAGGAACCUGUUUAUGUAAUUUUUAUAUCAUAAGUUUUUAUUUUUAUCUUGACAUUAUAUUUAGCAUUAAAUAAAUCAUGUUUAUUUUUACAUAAAUUCAAAGAAAAUAAACUAAGAUAUUUUGUUAUAAUAUAUCUUCCAUGCUUAAUGAACUCGAAAAUAUAAAUGUAAUAUAAUUACCCAAGAAUAGUAAAAUGCUUAACAUAUUUUAAUUUAAAUAAUUCUUAUUUUUAAUUUUUUUUUAAAAAAAACUUGUCAUUGUUAAAAUAUGUUAUUAUACUAAUAAUUAUUUGUUUCAGAGAAAAUAAAAAAACAAUCAUUCGAAAUGCUUUUGAGUUGUAAUCAAUAAUGUCUGAACAUCGAAAACAUUCUAGGAUCUCUGUGAUGCAAAUGUUUCACGAGCUCAAACAACAAUUUCCUACAGUCCCUGAUCAAGUAGUCUCUGAUUGUAUACUUAAAGUGAGAAAGUUCAUUAAUGUUAUGGAUGUUACAUUUAAAUUUAUAAAUUAUUGGAUUUGUUUUAGCAUUCAACUAAUCGAGAUGCUUGUGUAUCAAUUUUAAAAAGCAUACAAAAAAAUUAUGUUCUACAAACCUAUCCAUCUGACAUUGUAGAUAAAAUGGCUAACAGGCCAAAGUCUCUUGAAAUGUCACAGAACAAUCUUUCUUUGCCUAAAUUACAGUUUUCAAAUAAACCACCAACAUUUAAUGAUUCCAAAGAUUUAAAAAACUCGAACAGAAAUAAUUCUGAUGACACUCAAAUUUUAGAUAUAGAUUUUAAUAUAAAUACAUGUCGAUGUUCAUCUAUCUCGGCACCAUCAACUCCUUUACAGCGUCCCAAAGGGGAACAUAGACACAAAUCUUGCCUCUCACUAGAUUCUGUGCCAUUUAUUGAUACACAAUGUCGACCAUUUACUUCUGUAAGUCUGACCCUCAGAACACCAACCAAAGAUCCUUUACCGCCUUUAGAUUUAUCAGCUGGUGGAGGCUCUGAACUUACUUAUACAGCUUGUUCAUUUGAUCCGGCAACUGAUCCAAACAAUUGCUAUCAAUCUAGACUUCACAUAAGUAUUGAUCCUGAAGGUGAAACGACUGUUACUACUUCUCGCGUCAUGGUAUCUCCUACAAAUAUUAAAUCUAUUAAUCGGAUGACUGAAAGUCAAGUUCCUGGCUCAAAUCAAAUUGAUAAUAUUUUACCUAAAACUAAGAGUAAGUAUCUAUUUUCAAUAUUUGCAUGACCUGCAUGUUGAAUAUACUUAAAAUUAAUAAUUUUAAAAAUGUAGAAAAUUUACAUAUUGAGAAUUAGAUUUUUAAAUGUGUUUAGUGGUAAUUAAUGCUCAAUUAGAACAGAAGCGAAAAUUGGCUUCAGAAUUAUCAAAAGAAAAACAAAGACUAGAAAUUAUGAAAAGAAAUGUGGCUCUUAUGGAAAAAGAUAUUGCCAGAAGACGAACAUAUUCUACAAAGGUUUGUGGACUAACUCAAAAGUUUAAUAUUAAUACUAAAAUAAUUGUUUUUAUUUUUAAAAUUAAGAUUGAACGUUUAAGAAAUGAUGUUGAAUUGUUACGAUUAGAAUAUAACAAAUUAGCUGUCCAAGUUGACACUGCUACAGGAAAUCAAGGUAAUUUAAUUUAUAUACUUUGUAUUUGAUCUAAAUGAGAAUGUUUACUGUUUAUACUUUAUCUUUGCAAUUUGUUUUAAAUUUAAAUCACUUAGAUAAUUGAUGUUUUAUUUGAAAAUAGAAAUUAAGAAAAAUAAGUUAAAAGAGAGAUUUGUUUUAGUAAACAUUAUGUAUUUACAAAGAUUUAAGAUUAUAAAACUUUAUAUUUAAUAGUUCCACUGGAUAAAUCAAAUGAACAAUUUUAUAACCAAAUCUAUACCGGUCAAAAGAUUUCUUUUGGAAAAAUGCACAACGAAUAUCAAGGUUUGCUUUUAUGGAUAUUAUGUACAAAUUAAAUAAUUGAUAUUAUUUUAUUAUUAUAAUUUGUGUUAUUUUUUUAAUUAUUGAUAAAAUAUGUUUGUUAGAACAUUCGGAAAGCCAAAACUGGGUUUGUCGUAUGUGCACAUUCCAAAAUCAUCCAAUAUUGCCGAGAUGUGAACAAUGUGAUAUGGCACGUUUUGACUUAGGUACAACCACGUCAAUCAUGAACAACAAUAUACCUUUGUGUGCCAAAUUAACCUCAAAUCUAACUACACAAUGCUUAACAUAAGUUUGACAUUUUUCGCAGUGUGUUCUGGUGAGAACUUUAACAUUACUAACAUUUAAACUAAGUAUAUUAAUAGGAAUUAAGAUAGUAUUACUAUAGACAUUUUGAAUAUAGUUAAAAAUACUGCUGCUCAAUUAAAAUCAUGUUUUUUUUUUUUCUAUGAAUAAUUUUAAUAUUAACGUUAACAUAACUUCAAAUGUUAUAAUAAUUCAUUAUUUGAGAUAUAAAUUUGAUACACUAUUACAUUUUUAGAAGUAUAUAUUUCAAUUAUAAAUAUUAGGUACAUUAUAUAAUUUCUUUUUUUUUCUAAAUAAGAAGUUAAUAAUAAUUUAUUUAAAAAUUUAAACUAAAUAGUUUAAUUUAUAUAAUAUAAUAUUUCUGAUUUAUUCAGUUUUAAAAAUAAACAAAGAUUAAAAAAUCUUAAUAUCAAUGUGUUUAUUUAUUCAUUGUUUAUAUAUGUAAAAUCAUUAUGUAUCAUAAUUUAUAACUAAAAUACAUUUUUUUUUUUUUUUUUAGGAAAACCUCGGCAGUAUCAUGGAAAUAUUCAUGUAAGAGUUACUCAUCGCAUAAAUCACCAAAGUACGUUGGUACACUGUUAGAUGUGCAGAUAUAUAAUGCACAAUGCUCUAGGUUUUUCCAAGUGUGAGUGAUAAUGUGUUUUCACUGUUGCUAUCACUUAUAAAACCAUAAGUCAUUGUUCUAUAAUUUGUAUUUUAAUUUCAAAUAUUUACAUUAAAUAUUUUUAUUUUUGUAAAGGAAAAACAACAAGUUUGUAUUGA